AAGAGGGUAGCGCUCUGUCUGCUCUCAUUGACCAGUUGAACUUCUCUGCGGACAUGCUCGCGAUCGUCCUGCUGUGUGUCGUGCUGUGUAUUUUCUAUUGCAAAAAACGAAAGAGUGAUUCUCUUCCUCCGGGUCCUGCGCCAUGGCCUUUGAUUGGCAGUCUGCAUUUAUUGGGACAGCACGAGACACCUUUUCAAGCGUUUACCGCUCUCAGCAAAAUCUACGGAGACUUUUUCAGUAUCACCCUCGGGAGCAGCCGUUGCAUAGUUGUUAACAACUUCGAUCUCAUCAGAGAGGUCCUCAUCACCAAAGGAAAGGACUUCGGGGACCGUCCAAAUUUUCAACGAUUCCACAGAUUAUUCGGAGGAGACAGAAAUAACUCUCUAGCCCUCUGCGAUUGGUCCGAUUUGCAGAAGAAGAGGCGCAGCAUUGCGAGGAGUUACUGCGACCCCAAAUGCACAUCGCUCAAGUUCGACAACGCAAACGUAGUCGCCAUCAAUGAGAUGGACUUAUUUAUGAACGAAUUACAAAAACUGCCGAUGAACGAACCCGUGGACCUGAAAACCGUCGUUUUGCAAGCAUGUGCUAAUAUGUUCACGCAGUACAUGUGCUCUACAAGGUUCUCUUACCAGGACGAAGAUUUCAGGCGGGCCGUGAGGCAUUUCGAUGAAAUUUUUUGGGAAAUUAACCAAGGCUAUGCUGUUGAUUUCAUGCCCUGGCUCAAACCGUUCUAUGAGGGUCACAUGAAAAAGUUAUCGUUCUGGGCACAAGAAAUCCGUACAUUCAUUUUGGAACGAAUUAUUGACAGUCACAAGCGAACAAUUGACUAUAACUCGACUCCUAGAAACUUCACAGACGCCCUCCUGAUGCAAUUACAAGAAGAUUCGACAUUGAACUGGGAACAUAUCAUGUUCGAACUAGAAGACUUCAUAGGAGGACACUCUGCUGUUGGAAAUUUAGUCAUGGUCACUCUAGCAGCCCUGGUGAAAUAUCCGCAUGUCGCCAAACGAAUUCGAAAAGAAGUAGACACAGUCACAAAAAACGAAAGAAUUCCAAACCUAUAUGACAGAGCCAAUAUGCCAUACACUGACUGUGUUUUAUGGGAAACUCUCAGGAAAUCGUCUUCUCCAAUUGUUCCGCACGUUGCCAGCGAUAAAACUGAAUUACAAGGAUAUGACAUACCGAAAGGAACUACCGUAUUUAUUAAUAACUACGAACUCAACGUUGGGAAACAAUACUGGAAGAAUCCGGAAGAAUUCAUGCCUGAAAGAUUUUUAUCGCCCACUGGAGUAGUUGUGAAACCUACACAUUUCAUACCUUUCAGCACAGGAAAGAGAACAUGCAUCGGACAAAAGUUGGUUCAGUCAUUCAGUUCAGUAAUAAUAGCCAGUCUUUUGCAAAAAUAUGACAUAACUGGAGGAUCCGACGUCGAGCUAAGGGUUGGCAGCAUGGCAGUACCACCGGAUUGCUUCAAACUGAUAUUGACACCUCGAAAAGCGCCUACUAUUCCAGAGGAAGAAUAGACUAAUUUUUCGCGAAUUUGAAGACUAACAAUAUUCAAAUCAUGAGAUUGUAAUGUCGCUCAGGAUGAAAAGUACAUACGAUUAGCAGCAGUAGUAAACCUGCAUACCUCCUUAUGCUUCUUCAGGAAGAAUAUUAACGGGUCAGCUGGCCUUCCUCCACCGGCUGAAUGCGGAGACGAGGACAACAGGCUUUCAAGCCAAACAUCACCUGCAUUUUUCAUUAAUUUUAUUAUCAUUUUAUCAUCAUACAUUGUAAAUAUAUUUCAUGUGAAUUUAUUGUAAAAAUGUUUUAAUAAUAAUUAUAUACAUACUCCAAUACAUAUUUAUAUGUUACGUAUAUUUAAGAUACAUUGUUUUUCCGAUAUUCAUCCAUUGAGAGUUCUUCGAAUGUCAGAUGACAUCUCGAAUGAUGGCAAAACGUCGACCUUCGAAUAACUUUUAAAGGAUGAAUAUCCGGAAAAACAGACCAGUAUAUUUCUUCAUCUGUGAAAACCUACUCUGUAACAAAUAUAAACAUAUAAAUAUAUUCAUCGGAGUUUCCCCAGUGGUAGGUCUAAUAUAUUAAGACUGAAUAAAU